AAUGUCUUGCUUGAAAUGGGUGUGCGAGGUGUUACUAGGGAAACAAAUACCUGUAAUUUCAUUUUCUGGUAUUUCUCCUUGCAGAUCUUUCCUUUACUGAUAAUGAAUUUUGCCACUAUGGAGGUUUCUUUUUCAGAGGUCACCAUUGCCUUCUUUUUGGUGGCCAUUAUUUUAAUGUCUAUACAAUUUUUAAUGAAGAACAAGCAGCCCCGUCCACCAGGACCUUGGUCAUUACCAAUUGUGGGGAAUCUUCUUCAGCUUGAGGAGCAUUCGUACAUUUCCUUUGAGCACUUGAGGAAGAAAUAUGGAAAUGUCUUUCAGAUAAAGCUGGGAAUGAUCCCUGUUGUGGUAGUUAAUGGCCUGGAUGCAGUGAAACAGGUGCUGCUGAGAGAUGGGGAGAGUUUUGCUGGCCGACCUGACAUGCACACAUUUUCAUUUUUUGCUGAUGGAGAGAGCUUGACGUUUUCUGUCAAAUAUGAAGAAAGCUGGAAGCUUCAGAAGAAAAUUGCCAGCAAAGCUUUAAGAUUGCUCACCAAAUCUGAAGCCAAGUCCUCAACUUGUUCUUGCCUCCUUGAAGAACAUGUUUGUGCUGAAGCUUCAGAACUGGUGAAAACAUUCUUGGAGCUCUCAAAGAACGGUGGUUUCGAUCCUACAGCUGUGACUACCUCUACUGUUGCUAAUGUUGUUUGUGCCCUCUGCUUUGGCAAGAGGUACAAUCAUAAUGAUCAAGAAUUUCUGAGCGUGGUUAAGCUAAAUGAUGACUUUGUAAAAGCCUCAAGUGUCUUCAAUCCUGCUGAUUUUAUACCGUGCUUACGUUACCUUCCACUGCCAACUGCAAAAGCUGCUCGUAAAUUUUAUGGGAAGUUCAAUGACUUUAUUGCAGCACGCAUAGAAGAUCAUGGCACCACAUACGACGAGAACCAUCUCAGAGACAUCACUGAUGCUCUGAUUAAUGUUAGCAAUGAAAAAAGAGACGAUGGGAAAACUGCUGCCUUGUCUGAUAAGAAAAUAAUAAAUACUGUCAGUGACAUCUUUGGGGCAGGUUUUGCUACCAUGUCAACAUGUUUGUCAUGGAUAUAUCUAUACUUGAUAAAGAAACCAGAAAUUCAAACCAAAAUUCAAGAAGAAAUUGAUGAAAAGAUUGGACUAAGACCACCAAGGUUUGAUGAUCGAAAAGAUCUCCAUUAUACAGAAGCUUUCAUCAAUGAAGUCUUUAGACACAGCUCCUUUAUGCCAUUCACUAUUCCUCACUGUACCACCAGAGAUGCUGUUCUCAAUGGGUACUAUAUUCCUAAAAACACUUGCAUCUUCAUUAAUAUGUAUCAAGUAAAUCAUGAUGAAACUGUGUGGGAGGAGCCAUACUUAUUUAAACCAGAGAGGUUUCUGAAUGAAAAUGGAGAACUCAACAAGAGCUUGACUGAGAAGGUUCUGAUCUUUGGAAUGGGGAUACGGAAAUGUUUAGGGGAGGAACUAGCUCGCAAUGAGACUUUUGUUAUCCUCACCACCAUCUUGCAACAGCUGAGACUGGAGAAACCUCCUGAAGAUCAGUUGGACCUGACUCCAUUGUACGGCCUCUCUAUGAUACCCAAACCAUAUCGAAUUCAAGUAGCACCACGCACUUGACAUGAAAGAUGGUUCAAAAGGCACAUCUUUUUUGUUACCUGGAAACAUCUGUUUGAUAAAAGACAUACUCUUACAACUGUCUCCUGAGAGAAGAGAAUUAAAGUGCUAUGACAUCCUGUGGUAAGGCAUAGAGAAAGGUGCUAUUCUCCCGCUCUGUUUCCUCCUUGUUUUCUAGUGUGAUAAGGCUCUAAGACUUUUUCUGCAGAAUAAUACACCUAAGCAUUUAAAUGUGUUUCUGCAUAUUGUUAGUAUAAUUUCAACUACCAGGUUUCCCGCUUUGCUCUUGCUUACUUUAUUUGUCCUUGGAAUACUGUCCACACCAUUUUGAAAAACAUGAGGAAAUAACGUUUACUUGGUACACUAAGUUCUGAUGUCAUAAACAUAGGUAUUUCACUGUCAUGUGCUUGUUUCUGCUUUGGAAGUCUUGCCAUUUUACUUGAGAAACUUCAUAUUUUGCCCUCAUCUAUGCUGUACUCGAUAUUUUUCAUGGUGAGACAAGUUUCUAUUCUUUUGGAAAUAAAAGAGUCUGAUGUUCAUUUUC